AUGGUUGUGGCCAUGUUCCGAACCUUCUUGCUUCUGGGCCUGACGGGGCUCGUACAAGAAGCAUUUGGCAAGAACGUGUAUCUCGACUGGAAUAUCACAUGGGUCAACGCAGCACCAAAUGGUGUUGAGCGACCCAUCAUCGGAAUCAACGGUCAAUGGCCGUGCCCACAGAUUGACGUCCAUAUUGGGGACAACUUGGUGGUAGAUGUCUACAAUGCCCUCGGAAACCAAUCCACUGGAAUCCAUUGGCAUGGAUUUCAUCAGAACUACAAUACCUUUAUGGACGGUGUGCCUGACAUAACUCAAUGCCCGAUCAAACCAAAGCAGCGCAUGCGAUACGUUAUUCCGGUCAAUCAAACCGGAACGUACUGGUAUCACUCCCACCAAGAAGGCCAGUAUCCCGAUGGAAUCCGAGGACCGAUUGUUGUUCACGACACGGCGCCGUUACCUUUCCAUUACGACGAGGAGAUCACUGUUACACUUUCGGAUUGGUACAACAGACAAAUGCCUCAGCUCACCGAAGAUUACGUCUAUCCGGCGGACGGGCCGGCUGGACUAGAGCCGUUGCCAGAUGCGGUCCUGUUCAAUGAUGCAGUCGGAACCAAGAUUCCGGUCAAGCCCAACAAGACCUAUCUCAUUCACGUUGUCUGCAUGGGGAAUUGGGCCGGACAUGCGUUCAUUGUUGAGGACCACGAUCUGACUGUCGUCCGAGCCGAUGGAAUUCUCGUGGAACCGAAACUCGCGACGCCUCAAUAUCUUCGAAUGACUGUUGGGCAGCGCCUCGACCUACUUCUAACAACAAAGAACGAUACAAGCAGGAACUAUGCAAUCUGGGACGGCCUUGAUAUCGACGAGAUGUUUAUCCGAGAGAACCGCAAGAUGCCUGAAGGAUACAAUGCCAACGGCACUGCAUGGUUGAUGUACAACGAAGACGCGCCCUUCUUACCAUCCCCAGAUAUUCAGAUUCAUAACGCAAGUCUGGAGUUCUUGGACGACGUAACGCUCACACCGAUAGAUGGCCUCCCGCUGCUUGAGCCAGUUUCCCGACAAAUCGUUUUGGACUUCAACUAUGCCCAGGUGGACGGUGUUCCCACUUACACUAUCAACGGCAACACAUACGAAACCCCCAAGGAGCCUACCCUGUAUACAGCCAUGGCUGCCGGCAGUGAAGAGUCUUUGGACCCAUCGAUAUAUGGUUCCAUCAAUCAAUAUGUGGUUGAGUAUGGUGACAUUGUGGAGCUUGUAAUCAACAACAAUCACAACAACCUGCACCCUUGGCAUUUACAUGGACAUGACUUCCAGAUCCUUCAACGUACAUACCCGAGCGGUGGUGCGUUCAACGGCUAUGGCAAUAUCUCGGCAGUUCCAUCGCGACGAGACACUCUUAUGGUCGAACCCAAGGGUCAUGCUGUCCUUCGUUUCAAGGCGAUGAAUCCAGAUAAGUACCCAGGCAUCGCGCAUUCUUUCCCUUAA